AGAUCAUCGAUAUUUGAAUAUCAAAACGACGUCUUCUACUGAGGUGCUCCUUAAUUUGAUUGUUUAAGGCCUCAGCGUUAUAUAAAAUCUUCCAUAGUGAAAAACCUAGUACCUUGUAUUCGCACUGCAUCCAUCCAUUGGGCGGAGAGAGAGAUGGCAUAUAACCAUCUCUUCCCUGCCUUUAGAGUUCCUCUCAGAGCUUCGUUGACGGGAACUCUUUCUCUCCCUAGGUUUUCAGUUUCAGGAUAUGGUCAUUUUAUGGUGUUUACCAAGUUGAGAUACUUCUCUUCUGGUUCUAAGAUAAGCAUGAGCUUGAAAGCUGGGAUUGUUGGUCUUCCUAAUGUAGGGAAAUCUACCCUUUUCAAUGCAGUGGUUGAAAAUGGAAAAGCUCAGGCAGCCAAUUUUCCUUUUUGUACAAUAGAACCUAAUGUGGGCAUAGUUGCAGUUCCGGAUCCUCGUCUGAAUGUGCUUUCUAAUCUCAGUAAAUCUCAACGUGCAGUUCCAGCAUCUAUAGAGUUUGUUGACAUUGCCGGGCUUGUAAAAGGAGCAAGUCAAGGGGAGGGUUUGGGAAAUAAGUUUCUUGCUCACAUUCGUGAAGUGGAUUCAAUCCUUCAGGUUGUACGUUGUUUUGAGGAUAAUGAUAUUGUCCAUGUCAAUGGGAAAGUUGAUCCAAGAUCAGAUAUUGAUGUUAUUAACUUAGAACUGGGAUUUUCGGAUCUUGACCAGAUUGAAAAACGAAUCGAAAAGCUUAAAAAGAGCAAGGGAAAAGAUUCGCCAUCAAAAGUGAAGGAAGAUGCAGAGAGAUCAGCUCUAGAAAAAAUUCAGCAAUCACUAAUGGAAGGAAAACCAGCACGAUCAGUUGUUCUAUCUGACUAUGAAAAGGAAGCCAUAAAACAUCUUUGUUUGCUCACCAUGAAGCCUGUCAUUUACAUAGCUAAUGUAGCUGAAUCUGAUAUAGGUGACCCUGAGAGCAUUCCCCAUGUCAGAGAAGUGAAAGACCUUGCUUCUCAGUACCUCUCUGGGGUUGUGGCAAUCUCUGCUCAGGUGGAAUCCGAGCUUUCUGAACUUCCAUUAGAAGAGCGGUACGAAUACUUAAAAUCUCUAGGGGUUGAGGAAAGUGGCCUUGGGAACCUUAUAAGAGCAACAUAUGACCUUUUGGGUUUGCGGACAUACUUCACAUCAGGAGAGAAGGAAACAAAAGCAUGGACAAUACUUGCAGGAAUGACUGCUCCACAAGCAGCUGGUGUCAUUCAUUCUGAUUUUGAGAAGGGCUUCAUUCGAGCUGAGACUGUGGCAUAUGAUGAUUUUGUUGUAGCGGGGUCAUUGGCGGCUGUAAGGGAAAAGGGACUCUUGAGAUCCGAAGGGAAAGAUUAUGUGGUGCAAGAGGGAGAUGUGAUGCUUUUCAGAUUUAACGUCUGAAAAAUGUAGAAAGAUUUUUUACCCCGCUCGCUCUCAUACACGAGACUGGUGCAAGGUGUUAUGGAGCCGAUAUUUUUGUAGCAUAUAAAUUUUUGUUGGGUGAGAUUAAACGUAUUUUUUACAUUGUAGGAAGAAGAAAAAAAAAAGGAACUAAAGUAAUUUCAUACGUUAAUUCUUCUUUUUUUUCUCUUUUUUUUUCCUGCAACAUUUAGUAUAAACUUCAAAAUUAAGGAUAUAUUUGGAAUGGGACUGUAUACUGUGAGACACGUUACCUUUGUUACAAGGUCAUUUAUAUCUCUA